AUGGAGAACGCUCAAUUCGACAAGAAUAAUCUCAUAGAUUCUGGAGAUGAUAUGAAACUUCAAGUAGCGCAGCAAAUUAGCGAUCGAGACGGCGAUAAUGCUGUCGAGCUAAAUCAGAUCUCCUCGGCUGUGGGCGCAGACAUAUCCAGAUCCGCAAACAUCCAAUAUAGCUCAUCUGCAGGUACUACAAGAUUGAAUGGGUCACAGGCGACUUUUCUAGAAGACUACAUUCACCGCGCAUACGAAGACAUGCAAGAAUUCUCCGACCCCUCGCCGCGCAUCUUCACCAGAUCUCCAGGACCUGAGCUCCAACGCGGCCGGGAGAACCGUAUUGUAAUCUACCCCGGAUAUUUCAAUCCACCACAUGCAGGUCACGCCGCGCUUCUCUGGCACACCUAUCUAAACACGGAUGCGAAUACCAUCGCAGUCAUGAUCUUUGCUCUCAGUGACGACUGUCUAGAUUCCAAAGAUCAUGUUACUGACAACAAGGGUAAAGCGUUCAUACUCUCGCACUACCAGCGCCGCGAACUCUGGAAAGACGAGGUGCUAGAGAGAUUCGCGUGGGUAUUCCCAGAGGACGAUGACGACAGGUUGGACAUGUUUAUGGCAACAGUCAAGCGGUUAGCGAAGUUGGAUGGCUUCAAAGUCUCCUUUCCGACGCUGUACGGAGGCGACCACAUCACCCAGAAGAGUAUGGCCAACGGACUGUGGGGUUGA